UUGACAUUGCUGGAUCAUGCAAAUCCAGCUUUCCCUCAGCCCCGCCUUUGCCUUUGCCUCUACCCCACCAUGAGCUCCUCUCUCGAGGCUAAGAUUGUCGUCUUGGGCGCGCAAGGUACGUCUCCAACGACCCUAGUGCUCUUCUAAUGCAUAGUUAUAAAACGAGCGAACGAACUGACUAACUUUAUUUUAAUUUUUUUUUUUUUUUUAAAAAAAAACUAGGCGUAGGCAAAACCUCCCUCGUCCAACGCUACGUCAAGAACGCCUUCAAUGCAGCCGCAACAACCUCCACUGUAGGCGCAUCCUUCGCCACCAAGCGCGUGCUUGACAGUGCCUCAGACACCAUCGUCCGCUUGCAGAUCUGGGACACCGCCGGCCAGGAACGCUUCCGGAGUAUUUCCCGGCUUUACUACCGAGGCGCGAACGCCUGUCUGCUCUGCUACGAUAUCACCGAUGAACAAAGCUUCCAGGAGAUGACCGGGUGGCUACUUGAGUUGAAGAAGAACCUGGGGGGCGGCAGCGACGAUGGCGACAACAGCCCCAUUGUGAUUCACGUCGUUGGCACGAAAUCAGAUAUUGUCGCCCUGGACCCGGCGCGGAGACGGGUGCCCUUUGAACGGACAAUCGCGUAUGUUGCAGAACAGCUAUAUCCGUCGCGUGCGUCGACACCGCCGCCUACCGCGGGGGGCCGUUCAUUUGGGCAUUCCUCUGGCGCGACGUUGCAGGGGAUAGAUAGUAAGCGGAGUAGUGGGUUCUGGGGCCAGGAUAUUGGGUGGGACUGUUGUCAUGAAAUCAGCGCCAAGGACGGCGAGGGUGUCGAGGAGGUGUUCCGUGUCAUUGCGCGGAAGUUGGUCGAGCAGCGCAAUAAAAGGGAAGCAGGCAUUGCGGGGAUGAUGUCACCCGGUUCAUCGUCUGGGGUGGAUGGGAUUUCAUCUGCUGGGUUUGGUGCGAACGGACCGUUUGAUGGCAAUAAUUCUGGCGGAAGUUUCCGGAUUGGGGUUAAUGAUAAGCGGCGCAGUUGGUUGAUGUUUCCACCUAGCAGUGUGGGGGAUGAGGGGGAUGAGGCGCUGGAGGUUGUGAAGAAGAGGGGGAGAUGUUGUUGAUGAUGGUUUUUGUUGACUGCCACCUUAUUAUACCAAGGUCGUGGGCUGUUGGUUUUCGUCGUGCACUUUUUCUUUUCUUUUCUUCUCUUGUCUUUUCUUGUCUUUUCUUGUCUUGUCUUUUCUUUCUCUUCUUUUCUCUUCUCUUCUUUUCUCUUCUCUUCUUUUCUCUUCUCUUUUUUUCUUGGUCUCUUGCAUCCCAUGCAUCUUAUCUGUUUUGCAACAUGGCUGGCUUGGCGUUUUCGCAUAUCCCCUUUUUUUCCUUUGCUGAUUGAUGGGCUGGCUUUCUUUCGAUCUUGUUCAUUCCGACACCAGAUACAAUGUUGGUAUGGUUGGAUACAGGAGUA